GGCUGGUCGCUUUCGCUGACGUUUUCGGUGAAAAUACAAAUAACUUUUUUUCUAGUUUCUACAAGAUUGGCCAUGUUUUUUGGAUUGUAUUUUGCUUUUGUGUGAAGGAUUGACCCGGUGUCUGGAACUCUUCAGAUAUCGAACGGGUGUUUGAAUACCGGUGGCGCUCUCUGUCGGCGAGUGCGAGUACAAGCCUAGCGGGUGCGCGGGGCGGGGAUCCUCCCCCUCUACUUCAGUUUCUGCCGAGACACCGCACGGGAAGGCCGCGCUGCACCGCGUCAACAUUACACGCUCGACGCGCGCCAACUUUGAACAGUGACAGUGUCCUAAAAGUGUGAAGUGACAGAUAAUGUGCCUUGGAUUGCGGUGCCCCACCAAUUGGAUGCAGUGAUCGGAUCACCAAUACUGGAUUGCAGUGCUAUAUUUGGAUUUUGAAUUUCACCACCUUCAAACUGGGGAUGCAUAAGAUGGAGCUCGGCGACAGCGUGUACGCCGCUGAGCGAAUCAUGAAGAAGAGGAUUAGAAAGAACAAAGUGGAGUACUACGUCAAAUGGAAAGGGUGGAAACCGAAACACAACACCUGGGAGCCCGAGGAGAACAUACUCGACCCGCGGCUGAUACAGAGCUUCGAGAGAGGAGAGGAGGUGCGCCGGCAGGGCCGCAAGAGAGAGCGGGAGCACUCCGGCGAGCGCGCGCGCAGCGGCUCCGGCGACCGGCAACCGCCGCCCGGCAAGCGCAAGGCCGAGGUGCUGUCGCGCGAGUCCGGCAAGAUCGGCGUCACCAUCACCAUGAGCCCGCCCGCGAACAAACAACGGCACGAUAAACCUAACGGUGCGCGCGGAACUCCACUGUCGCCGCCGCCGGCCGCUCCCGCCGGGGGUGCGCCCGCGCCGGCUUCUCCUGCAGCUGAGGCGGCUGCGCCACGCUCCGGCCCGCGCCGCCCGCCGCACUCACCGGAGGAAGCGGACGCGCACACGCCACCGGAGCGCGAGCGCCGCACGGACUCGCAGCCGGCCGCGGCCGCCCCCGCCGAGCCCAAGGGUGCGAGGCCCCCGCCACCCGCGCCGCAGCCCGAGGACGAGGACUCGUGGGGCGAGCCCCCACAGCCGACCACCGCGCCCCCGCCUCCCCCUCCGCCGCCGCCUCGGCGCGGCGUCGCCUACUGGUUGUCGCGCUCACCCGUCGCCGACCAAAUCUUCAUCACGGACGUGACGGUCAACCUACAAACGGUCACCAUCCGGGAGUGUCGCACCGAGAAAGGUUUCUUCCGGGCACGCGAGCCCCGACCACUGGACGUGACGUAAACGAUCUUAUGGACUUAUAUUGGACUUGUACAGUUUUAGCUAGCUAGUGUAUUUAUUUAGUUAUCGUGGGAAGUGACUCAGGUCUCGGAAGUGUGCGAAUUUGAAAUCCUCCACUGUAGGCCUAAUUAAAGAGUAGUGGUUGUAGAGGGGGACCCUUCCCUUAGAGUUGUUAAACCCCUGAUUGAGAAAUUGUAUGGCUUCUGAAGUGUAGUCUGAGACUUGCGAUAGCUUGAAUAUGGAUCAUAUAAUUUAUGUAGUGUAAUAUUUAUGCAAUGUAUGCAAACCAUCAAGUCGAAGAGGAAAAUUGUAAAUUAUUGUCAAUUGUUAACAAUAGAUACUUAUAUUGUUUGUUGAAUUAUUCAUUAGAAACUGUUGGUGUACAGUCUCUCUCGACUAAGUGCAUGUCAGUUUGAAUGCGAAUUGGAAUAAGAAUUCCAAACAUUAGUAUUUUACGAUCAGACUAAUAUAAGAUUUUCUCUUCAUUUAUCUACUGUAUCUGUAUAGUUUUGGCAAUUACUCAUUUUGUCCUUUCGUAACUUGCCGAGAUUCUUUUCAUUUCACUACUUGUCUCCAGUUAUUAUUCAAGAUAGGGUCCAAAAAUAUUAAUUCAUGUUUAAUUAAUACCAACGAAAGUCGCUGCUACCAGAAAAAGGAAUGCUUUAUCAGUAUUGGUAACACUGUUUACCUUAGUAUUUGUCGUCAAAAUUAUUAAAAAAUAACAUCUUAAAUUUCUUUAGUUAGGUUGCUCGCAUUACUGUGACAGAGACUUUAUUUAAAUUAAAUAUUAAGGUUCUAUAAAACAAACGUAUAUUCGCAUUAAUACCUAUAAUAGUUCCAAUCAUGAUUAAAAUGGAUAGGUUUUAUUAAUUACUAUCAUGAAGAACUUGUAGACCCUAUUGAAACAAUUAUUAUACUUACUAACUUUUGACAAUAUGUUUGCUUCAGCUAGAUAAUAUUUAUUAUCUUUUAACUACUUUAUUAAAUAAUAAUUAUCACAAACACAACAUUUUGCCAUAUUUGUAUACCCAGUGAAACUUAAACAGUACAAUAUUCUAUUACGUGAAAUAUGUAUAAUUCAUAAAUAAAUAUGAUAUUUCUCAAUGUAAUAAUAAUAAAAUAACAAUACCUAAUAUUUCCUUAAUUAUUACUGGUUCGUUUAUUACAUUUUGUUUUUGUUGUUGUUAUUUAUGUGGAUUUAAUUUUAAUAAUGAAUUCUGGUGAUUUAUGAUUUAAAUAUCAUUUUAGUUUAAGUUAUUUAUAUUCAGUAAUUUGAACAGUUAGACGAAGUCUACUGGAAAAUAGUAAUUAUUUUGAAUAAUAAUAAAAAGUAGAUCUGGUUUUUAUUACAGUUAUCGACGUAGAUGUAUCCAUUUGAAAUGUGUUUACAACAAAAGUAGGACCUAUUUCUAUUAAUAAUAAAAGUUAUUCUGACUUGCUUUGUUGCUGAAAACCAUCGAUCGAUAUAGUAUCAAUUUCAAAUAAUCAGAUCUGUUUUUCAUAAGAAUAUUGUUUUCUAUAAACAAUGAAAUAACGAUUUAAGUAAUAAGUAUAAUUGGUUUCAGUAACACGGAUCACUUCUGCGGUAGAAUAUUCUUCUGAAUUAAAUAUAGAUUCCCUGUUUGUGAUAGAUAUUUAAAAGAAAUUGGUACCUAAAUGGCAAAAACGCAUUAGAGAUCCUUUUCUGAAACACAAUUAUUACAUGUAAUAAGCUUAAAACGACUUUUAAUUAUUAUUUCUUGAAUAAAACAAAGGUAUAACUCUAAUGUAUGAAAUUGCGAACGCUACUGUUCUCCUUUAUUUUACUUACCUAUUAUUGUUAUAUUUUGUUCCUCUAAUUAGAUUAGAUAAUUAUUUGGAUGCGUAGUCUCAUCCGAGUUGUAUGUUUUAAUUUGCAUUUCUAUAGGGAAAAUGUUGUAAAUAUUGUAAAUAUAAUGAUAGCCCUUGUUUUAUAAUGUGAUACAGUUCUCACAUUGUAGUCUGUAAAUAAAUGAAAUGAAAUAGA